AUGACGUCGCUGCUUGGGAACGAUAGAGAUUUGAGGCUGAUCAGCCCCAAAAGUUUUGAGUGUGUGGAAAUCAAAAUCAUCAAAGAAGUAGACAAAAGCAGCUUAACUUUUACAAAGAUUUAUUCUGAAAUGGAUAAGUCUUGGAUAACUAAACAUCGGUUAUCUCAAGAUUACAUAAGUGGAGUCAAUCAGUUUUUGGAUUUUGCCUUUGCAAACAUGAAGACCUAUAUGAUCAAAUGUCCUUGUCAGCGUUGCUGCCUUGUUAGAUACAAGGUUAGGGUCGAGGUUGAGGGUGAUUUAUUCUAUCACGGUUUUCGGCCAACAUAUACAAAUUGGUAUUUGCAUGGUGAAGAGUUAGAUUCAAAUGGGGAGACAGUUAGAUUAGAGUCUGAAUCUCGUGUAGAUUAUACAGAAGACCUGAGUAUGAAUCUGCUUGAAGAUGUUUUCCCAAGUAUGAAUAAUAGUAUUGACGAUGACGAUGCUGCCAGUCCCACAGAGGAUCAUCCAAAGCAGAAGGAGGCGCUUGAUGAUUUGCUAGCAGACUGUAAUCAAGCUCUUUAUGAAGGAUGUGAGUCUUUUAGCAAGCUGUCAUUCAUGCUUAAGCUGUAUCACAUCAAUUGUAUGUGUAGGAUAAGUGACAAAGAAAUGUCCAUGGUAAUAGAGCUCUUGAAAGAAGCAUUUCAGCAUGCAAAGCUACCAGAUUCUUUCAAUGACAUGAAGAAGAUUAUUCGUAAGUUAGGAUUCACAUAUGAGACCAUUCAUGUGUGUCGUAAUGAUUGCAUGUUAUAUUGGGGAGAUGAUGCAUCUAGACACACAUGUAAAGUUUGUGAAAGCUCAAGAUGGAAGACGGCUGCAAUAGUUGAUGAUGAUGGAUCCGCUGAGAAGAAGAAGAAGAAGAAGCAACAAGCUGUUAAAGUUCUCCGAUAUUUUCCUUUGAAACCACGAUUACAGCGUUUUUUCAUGUCAUCAAAGACGGCUGAAAGCAUGAGGUGGCAUGCUAAUUCUGAGAAUCCAGAUGGCAAGCUAAGACAUCCUAGAGAUGGAAAGGCUUGGAAAACCUUUGAUCAACAAUUUCCAGAGUUCUCAUCAGAGCCGAGGAAUGUCAGGCUAGGAUUGGCAACAGAUGGUUUUAAUCCGUAUGGUUCUAUGAGCAUGAGCUAUAGUGUAUGGCCUGUGCUUUUAUUCCCUUAUAACCUUCCUCCGUGGAUGUCAAUGAAGCAAACAUCAACAAUUUUGUCAAUGAUUAUCCCUGGGAAGCAGAUGCCGGGUAAUGAUAUUGACAUCUAUCUACAGCCCCUUAUCAAAGAAUUGAAAGAGUUAUGGUCUGAUGGAGUUCCAACAUUUGAUGCAUCUUUAAAAGAGACAUUUACAAUGCGUGCGAUUUUGCUAUGGACUAUUAGUGAUUAUCCAGGUUUAGGAAACUUAUCUGGGUGGAACGUACACACUGGAUUAGCUUGUCCAUCUUGCAACUAUGAUGCUAAAUAUCUUCGUUUACGGCAUGGGAAGAAGAAUUGUUACAUGGGACAUAGGCGGUUUCUUCCUGAAAAUCAUGUUUUCCGAAAAGAUAAGCAGCAAUUUGAUGGUCUUAUUGAAACAAGAGAUUCUCCCAUUACACCAUCAGGAAGUGUUAUUCUCCAACAAAUUCAGAAUGUGGAUGUUACUUUGGGGAAGAAGAUAGAUGCUGUGGGAAAAAGGCGCCGGGAAGAU